AUGGGGGCGGGGCUUGGAGAAGGUGGGCGGGUGGGCGUGGCCAGAGGGGGACCUGGCGCGAGGUUAAGUGCUCCAGGUUGCUGCAAGGCAGGAAGUGGAGGUGGAGUCGUGGUCCACGGGGCGGACGUGGUGUGUGGUCCCGAUGGGGAACGCCCCACGGGGCGGGGCUUGGAGAACUGGAAGCAGGGGCGCGAUCGAAGGGCGGGGCUUUGGAGGCAGUACAAGGUGAGGACCGGGAAAGUGUUCGGUUCCCAGCCGCUACGUGAAGGGGACAUGCUGUUCUACGCCUUCCACAACAUACACGUGCUCAGGAACUUCUGUGAAAGCAACGUUGUCCUGUACCUGGGGAAGAAGAUCUUCCUAUCGAAGGACAACUUUGAGAGCAGCCUUCCGCCACUCAUCAUCCCCAAGUCAAUGAGGGCGGGAGGAGCGUCCGUCACAAGCGCUUUAUUCACUUCUGAAUCAAAACUACUGUUGGUGGUGAAUAAGAAAGUCUACAUAUACAAUUAUCUUACGGAGAAAUGGAUUAGAACUGGAGGUAUAUCAGGGAAAGUCUCACACGUCAGCGGCGACAGUUGUUGUUUUCACAAUGAAUUUUGCCUGGAGUUAUCGAAUAGAAUUUUUGCGUAUCUCCGUGGUGGACCGCUGCCUAACACCAAAUAUUCUCCUCUGACAAUGGAGGAUUCUCGUUCGAGCUCCUGUACAGUGACAGCCUGGUAA